UAUGCAGAUACGCUUAAUGCUUCCUGAAUGCUGCAUAAUCUGAUCUCAGCCAUAAAAAAGUAAAUUAUCAUACAUAGAUACCAUAAUUAUGCAUAUAAUAUAUUACUAUAGCUCCGAAUAGGGGCUGGACAUUAUAAAAACGGGAAACAGGCCAACGUAAAGCAAACAUCAUCAUCAGAUCUGUUCUUCUCCUUAUAUAAGUUCUUAAUCUUAAUAACAGAGGUGGGUUUCUAACUCCAAUUGGGAUGGCGCAAGACAAAAAUAAUGAACCUAUUCCACUUUAAUGAAAAACUAUAUUAACUCAUCAUCAUGGUGAGGUUUAAGAACCGAUACCUAGUCUUGGAAGUGGUUCCCGUGGAGUCAAAAAGCAAACUUAAGCCGCGGAUGAGAGCUCAAGCGCUGUAUUCCGCACUGAUGGAGAAAGUGGAGCUUCUGCAUGGAGAUUUUGGCGUGGCCGCCAUCCGGAAUGGUUUCCUUGCUAAAUAUUGCAGUGAAAGGACACAGAUAGCUUAUGUGAGGGUGCGCCACGGUCCUCACAAACUAGUGACAAGUGCAGUGCCCUUGGUAACGCAACUGGAAGGUGCGCAUGUGUCCCUGAAGACUAUUUACACUGGUGGCUCCGUAAUGCAGUGCAACAAGUUUCUCAGGGACUUCCACAUUAAGCAGCUGGAAGGCACUCUUCCUCUGGUUAAAGAUGAAGAGCAGCGCAAGAAAGUGCAGGAAGCUUUUCUAAGCUUUCGACAACUUGGGGAAGAACGGUCGAAUAUUAAUCAGUGACUUGUCUUUUUAAUUAAGCAAAAAAUAAACAUGUGCAAGUUUAAAUCAUCUUAAGGAAAAUACAGGUAUAUGAUGAUUCUAUAGCUUGA